AUGAGCGUCAACGAAGUGCGAUCGGCGCUGCUGCCAGCUCAGAGCCAUAGUCAGAGACUAAUUGGAAAAGUUGUAUUGAUCACUGGCGCAGGUGGCUCCAUUGGUCUGGCCACGGCGUCUCGACUCUUACAAGAGGGUGCCAGCCUGAGCCUGGUGGACAUCAGCUCCGAAGCUCUGGAAUCGGCCAAAUCCAAGCUUCAGCCCUUGGUUGCACCUGAUGAUCUGCUGGACUCGAGAAUUUUGACAAUCUGUGCCGAUAUCACGAAGGAGAAGGAGGUUGAGGAUUUCACAAAAUUGACGGUGGACAAAUUUGGCCGUUUCGAUUGUGCAUUUUUAAAUGCAGGGAUCAGUUACUCGUCCACGAGUAUCUUUGAUACCACCGUGGAGAGCUAUGACAAAAUCAUGGAGGUGAACGUCAAGUCAGCGUUUCUUGGCAUCAAACACAGCGGUAAAGCCAUGAGAGAUCUUGGAAAUGGAGGAAGUAUUAUUCUGACUUCCUCCAUUGCCGGGCUAAGAGGAACGCCAGGUCUCAUCCUCUAUUCAGGGUCCAAGUUUGCCCUACGCGGGUUAGCACUGACAGCUGCGUCUGAAUUGGGCCAGCACGGUAUUCGGGUCAAUACGAUACAUCCUAGUGGAGUAGAUACCCCCAUGUUCCGAGCGACUUGGAGUGAGGAGAAGUUGGAGGAACUCCGCCGGAAUAUGCCGUUGGGCAGAUUUGCAGAGGUGGAUGAUAUCUCCGGGGUUGUUGCCUUCCUGGCGAGUAAUGACUCCAAAUUCAUGACAGGCGGUUUCUUGAAAAUUGAUGGUGGCUGCGUUAGUUUCUAA